GGAGACAGGAGGAAAGAAUCAAAGGACAACGAAGAGAAGGCUGAGAUGAAGAAAAUGUAUGAUCUCAUUGAGGAAUACAAGCUCAACGGUCAGUUCCGAUGGAUCUCCUCCCAGAUGAACCGGGUCAGGAACGGUGAGCUGUACAGGUACAUCUGUGACACCAAGGGUGCGUUUGUGCAACCUGCAUUGUAUGAAGCCUUUGGGUUGACUGUUGUGGAGGCAAUGACCUGUGGGCUACCGACGUUCGCCACUUGCAAAGGUGGUCCUGCUGAGAUCAUUGUGCACGGCAAAUCAGGUUUCCACAUUGACCCGUACCACGGUGAUC